AUGACCAGAACAUCUGUUUUAGCUGACGCCCUCAACGCUAUUAACAACGCCGAGAAAACCGGAAAGAGACAGGUUCUCAUCAGACCAUCUUCCAAAGUGAUCAUCAAGUUCCUCCAAGUGAUGCAAAAGCAUGGUUACAUUGGAGAAUUUGAAUACAUCGACGACCACAGAUCUGGAAAGAUUGUCAUUCAAUUGAAUGGUAGACUUAACAAGUGUGGUGUCAUCAACCCAAGAUAUAACGUCAAGAUUACCGAUGUCGAGAAAUGGACUGCUAGCUUGUUGCCAGCCAGACAAUUUGGUUUCGUUAUCUUGACUACCUCUGCUGGUAUUAUGGACCACGAGGAAGCCAAGAGAAAGCACGUUGCUGGUGUUGACUACCAACCUGGUGGUUCAUCUGCUGUAAACCAAAUGAGCGAUCCGCUAUCUGACGCUGGCAAGUGUGCCAGAGAUAUUGUUUUGUUCCAAAUGCUUGGAAUCAACACCAUUAGAGUUUACUCUAUUAAUCCUGAUCUUAACCACGAUAAGUGCAUGACUUUAUUGGCGGCUGCAGGAAUCUACCUUGUUCUGGAUGUCAACUCCCCAUUGCCUAACCAACAUUUGAAUAGAUACGAACCAUGGACAUCAUACAACACAGAUUAUCUUUCCCAUGUCUUCAAGACUGUUGAGGUGUUUUCCGGCUACAACAACACUUUGGCUUUCUUUGCUGGAAACGAAAUUGUCAAUGACAAGCUAUCUGCCAAAGUUUCUCCUGGAUACAUCAAGGCUGUUGUUAGAGAUUUGAAAGAUUACAUCAAUUACCAGGCGGUUCGUAAAAUUCCUGUUGGAUAUUCGGCAGCUGAUGAUCUUAGUUACAGAAUUUCUCUCGCCAAAUACUUGGAGUGUUACGAAAACAGUCCUUCUGAAAGCGUCGACUUCUAUGGUGUCAACACUUACCAAUGGUGUGGUGACCAAACGUUCCACUCUAGUGGUUACAAUAUCCUUGUCAACGAUUAUGAUGACUAUAGCAUUCCAAUAUUUUUCUCCGAAUAUGGUUGCAAUGAAGUUCUUCCAAGAAAAUUCAAGGAGAUCGGCAGUAUCUACUCCAACCAGAUGUCUUCUGUGUUCUCUGGUGGUUUAGUGUAUGAGUUCGCUCAAGAGCCAAACAAUUACGGGUUGGUCGACUACGAUGAGGAAGGAAAUGUUCAUUUACUUGCCGAUUUCCACGCCUUAAGAGAGCAGCUAGCUAAGGUCAAUGACCCUCCUGUUCCAAAGAAGGCUAUUUUGCAAAAUGAAAAGAACACGAACGUGGGAAUGUUUGGUAAAGGAAGCCGUAAUAGACAACAAAGAACCAAGGUUUGUGACACCCAAUACCAAAACCUUGAUGUCUCGAGUGGGGUUCCUAGAUCUUUAGGUACCACCUUGAUUACAAACGGUGUGAAAAAGGCAAGCAAAGGAACGUAUGUUCCUCUUUCUGAGAGUGACAUGACGUCCAAAUACAAGAUUUUCGAUGUUGACGGCAAGCUCAUGGGCGAGAACGCAAAAAUUAAAGUUGUUCCAGAACCUCGUUCUGAGAACAAGCCUGUGAUCUGGAAUAACCGUAAGUUUAGAACUAAGAGUCCAAAAAGUUUCUGUAUUGUCAAAGAGGCAAACUUUCAAGUUCCCGUCAGAAGUUAUUCUAAGACGGGUACAUGUGCUGCAGAAAUCGUCGGUCAUGGAGGUAAUAAAGCCUAUUUUACCUUUAAAGUUUGGUAUCUGGUAAACUUUGGCAGUGUCACCAUGUUUAUUAGGGAGCUGUUCGAUUUCCGGAUACUGGACCUUGAUAUUGGACAGAAUGUCCUCAUAAGUAACCAGUUUGUUGGUGGACCAUUUGUUGCCAUCGAACGGCAUAUACUCGAUGAAUCUGACCUCGAUCUUUGA